AUGUUGUCCGAGAAAAACGAGAGAAUUUUAAGGCAAAUGAGAGAUUCAGGGAUCAGUUUUUCUGAAAGAGUCAGUAAUUUAGAAACAGAGUUGCAUGAAAAGGAUCAGACUUUAACCCAGCAAGCUGUUAAUGGAGGUAUGAUAAAUAACGGGUUAGAACAAGAACGUCCUUCAUUGAGGCAGCUUCAGAAAAAAAAUGAACAGGAGCGUGAAGCAAACUCGCGUAUGCUGAGGGUUUGGAGCGAUUUGGAGCAAGUGAACCGGGCGCUGGAUAAAGAGACAUUCUUGAGAAACAGGCCAGAGCGGAAGCUGAGGGAAAAGGAAACUAACUUAGCUGACGAACAACAAGCAAGACUUAGACUUGAAGACGAACUACGUGAAGCAAGGGAGACCUGCGCUGAGUUAGAAAGGAGGUUAGAAAACGAACGUCUGUUAAGGGAGACAACUCGACAAGAUGUUCAAACAAAAGAGGAUACAAUUAGAGAGCAAUCGCAACUUUUACAGCAAGAACGCGAGCUCAAGUCAGGUUUGGAGGAGAGGGUAGGAGAUUUGCAAAUUCAAAUUGAAGUGGAAAGAAACAGAAGAAUCGCAACUGAACGAGAAGUGAGAGAGGAAAGAAUUAAUUUACAGCAGGAUCGAGAAAAUCUGGAAAGAGAGCGAGAAAUUUGCCAGCAAAGAAUCCGCGACAGUGAACGAACAGUGUCGGAAAGCCAGCACCGACUACGGGAGUUGCAGUCAGCGGCUACUGCAGUCGAGGAGGACUUCGCUGAGUAUAGGCGUCUUGAACCACGUGACUGGAUCAUCGGACGUGAUGAGGUUAUACUGAGUGAAACGAGUUUAGGAGUUGGAGCCUGGGGCAACGUGCACGAAGGAACGUUUCGUGGUUUCCAGGUAGCUGUUAAGCAGAUUCACGAUCUGAUUCUUUCGCCUCAUAACCGCAGAUUGUUCGAACGAGAAAUGAGUAUUGCUUCGCGCUGUCGGCAUCCUCAUUUACUACAGUUUAUUGGCGCUACUAACGNGGACGUGAUGAGGUUAUACUGAGUGAAACGAGUUUAGGAGUUGGAGCCUGGGGCAACGUGCACGAAGGAACGUUUCGUGGUUUCCAGGUAGCUGUUAAGCAGAUUCACGAUCUGAUUCUUUCGCCUCAUAACCGCAGAUUGUUCGAACGAGAAAUGAGUAUUGCUUCGCGCUGUCGGCAUCCUCAUUUACUACAGUUUAUUGGCGCUACUAACGACGAUGGCAGCCCGUUAUUCAUAACUGAGCUACUCGACACUGAUUUACGAAACGUUUUGACUCAACGCGCGUUGCACCACGAAGAAGUGGUUUGCAUCGCUUUAGAUGUCGCCAAGGGACUUAACUAUCUUCAUCUUAACAAGCCAUUCCCCAUCAUUCAUCGCGACAUCAGUAGUUCAAACGUGUUGCUAUGGAGACGCGAUGAUUGCUGGAGAGCCAAGCUGUCAGAUUACGGAGCAGCAAAUUUCAUGCGUCAGUACAUGACGUCUAAUCCGGGAGCCAGUAUAUAUGCCGCACCUGAGACCCAGACUUCUCAGCAGUCGCCAAAGGUGAGCACAAACUCUGACUACACCUUUCAGUUGCCCUUCAUUACCGGGAAAUAUAUUUUUAUUAACAUUAAGCUAUUAUUCAUUUUAAUUAAUGUAAAAACAGUUUAAGCAAGGAAGCAAACAUUUAAGUUUGUGGCAUAGUCACUUAAGAUUUUUGCAUCAAGAAGAACAAUCAUUAAGGCCAAUUUCUACAGCGUUUUACCGAGAACAUUCUUUAGUGCGAAUGAAGUUUCCUUGGGUGAAUGUUCGUUUAUGAGAAUAGAAUAUCAGUAACAAUCAUUAUUUUUAUGAGCAUUAUCUUGCCAAUAUUGCGUUGAAUUUGGAGGUACGUUUUAAUUCGUGCGAAUUUUACAAUAUACCUAUAAAAACCCAUAUUGUAUAGUGCUUUGCAAUCAUUUCGUUAGGCUUGUACCGUGUACAUGUAUGUAAUAUUCUGCGGCUGUGCUUGCACAAACAAACGCGGGAUGCGUACAAUGCUUAGUCAAUACACGUACAAAAUCAGGGAGCAGGAGGAUAAAUAAAAAAUAACAAGAAGAACUUGAUCGAUAAAUAACAACACAUCUUUACUGUUAAUGAAUUUCUUUUCUUGUUAAAGACCAUUAAAAUGAGGUAAAUGUUUUAUCCUUCUUCUAAGGGAUAGUUAUUUUCACCGAGUUGAAUCUAUAUUGGGAGUAAUGAAUGUUCUUACAUAUGUGAAAUGCUUUAUUGAUCACACAAAUAAUUAAAACGAUUGUUUAUUUUUCUACAAUGAUUACACAUUUAUUAUUAAUACCGAAUGAUAUUUUGACGCUAAUAAAUCUUUAUUUCCUGGUAAUGAAGGGCGAAAGGUGUCUGUUGCAGUUAAUUUUUAUUUUUCCAUUGUUUUUGGGUAUUUAAAACUAGGAAAAUACAAAAAUUAACUGAAAUAAAAAAAUAACUGCAACAUGUACAUAUCACAUGAUCUUCUGUUUACCAGUAAACAAACCUAGCAACGCUAUAGACAUCUGUAGGGUACCUCAUUAAUCAGAGAACUCUAGGUUUUUUUAUAUGUAAUCAGGCUUGUCUGUGGGGAAAAGUGCUACCCUUAAGGAAACUGCAACCAUUUUUGAAAAAGAGCAUUUUGCCGUGCAAUGUUGUAUUUUUGUUUACGGUACAUGUAACAGGACCUUUCCACGGUUUUUUUAACUUUUGACUGGGACUAGUAAUCGAAAAUGCCGGCGCGACAUGAUUGCCUUAAAUUUUAUUUAGUAAAGAUGCCAAUUUUGAACGUGAUUUGUUGAAAACUAACGAAGAUUUAGAUCCGAAAAGUCGCCAAAUUUUACAGCCGUCUGUGUGGUGGGAGGCAAGUUCCUGACCCAACCAUACAAACGUCAAUAAACUUCAGCGUCUCUCUGGAACAAUGUCUUUGCUCGUUUUUAACACAUCACCUUUAAACUUGGAAAGCAUCCUAAUUUUAGGACCCUCUUUUCAGCAGUGUCAAUGAAUAUUUGCUAUCUAGUCUUUAUCAAACUUGAGAAAAACCGUGGAAGGUUCUUUUGUUUCCGAACAACGCGUGCUUUCAUCGGUUACAUCGAGGUCACGUGGCAUCUAACAAUCAAACUGCUUGCCGCCAAAUUCUCUGAGCGGGCAACAUGGCAAAAUCUAUGAUGCCAGAGAGUAAUAGUGCAAUGUUAUGUCGUUUGUAGGAAAGGAGCGCAUGGCGAAGACCCAAAUACGUCUGCAAGGGAAGCGUAUUACGAGAUUACUUUAGACUAUUUUAUAGCAAGCUGCUGUCUGUGAAUUGGGGUGCUUUAGAGAAACAUUCCUACUAUACAUACUUCAUGCUACGUGUAUCAAGAUUUAAUGGACUGUUACUUUGUUUCGAGUUUUGUUGUUAAUUAUUUUCUCAACCUUUCGAUGGUUGUUUUCUUUCUUGCCGGCAGGUGGAUGUGUACAGUUUUGGCGUACUGCUCUGCGAAAUGUGUACAGGAGAACUUCCGGUCCCGCAGCAGAUCCAAGAUCAGAUAAGCCUCGUAGCUAAUGAUGUGCUGAGAGAGCUCAUUAUGCUAUGCGUCGCGAGAGCCCCAGAGGCGCGUCCAACUAUGAGUGACGUCAUAUCCGUGUUGACGCAACAAGCAGAGUCUUUGCCGGCUGAGGGCCUGGGCCAGGUUGCAUAA